UUUUUUGUUUUUAUUCACAUUUCAGUUUAGUUCUUAAAUAAUCCCCAAAAUAUUACCAGUCAACCUAUAAGUCCCUAAGGAACGAACGAAAUGCAAGUUGCAGCAAAGUUCGUCCUUUUUGAUUCCCCUCGCGAAUUAACUCAACCGUGGUGCCCCAAUUGAACUCAACCUACAACAUAGACCCCGUUGUCCAGUGAGUCGUGUUUGAUCAGCCCUGGGACUGUUCCACAAAGUAGUCCAAAUUGAACACAGAUAGAUUUCUCCACGGGGCAUAGAGACUCAAACAGAGUAAAAAGAAGUUGCUGAAAGGAGUUCAUAUUUGCUCCGGGCUCUAUUUGCUGCGCCAUUGCGACUUCAAGUGCCCUGACAUACCGAAUAGUUUAAUUAUUUUUAGCCCCCAGUUCCCUUUCUAGCUAGUCUACCCAAAUUGCCCCUUUUCAGGACCCAGUGGGCCUUGUAUUGAGCAAGUUUAUACAAAAUAUAGCGACACUAUCGGUCCAAUAGUACUACUAUAAUCUGUUCCCCGUGUGGACACAUUCUGAACCGAAACUGGACGUAAUCCAGCUGUUUGGCACGUCAACAAUCGGCACAUCAACCUGUAUAGUAGCCCAGUACCAACUUUCCUUCACAAUAAUUUGCGAUCUGCCAUUCAGCUCCGCAGCUGGAAAGUGCCCAUCAACAGAGUAGUAGCUCUGUUCUCUGGAGAAUAUUCCAUUUGAGGUCGACCAGUUUAUCCGGGUCUUUGUUUUGAACUCUUUUUGUCUAACAGCGUCUCCUUGACUGCAGGCUGGUUGUUUUUACUGCGCAAUUCCGGGUCCUAUUAUUUUUUAUGAUUAGCAAAUAUAUUUAGCUCAAUUCUUGACUCUGUGAUUAUAGAACUAAGUGUGUUCCACUUCGUCCAGCAGCAAUGAAGGAACUGAAACCAGACUUGAUUCUGGUUGCUUCCCUUGUUAUCUGUUCAUUCACUCUCUUAGCUCUCCCAGUCAGCACUCAGUCCAACUCGACACUCGCUAUCACAAAAGUAGUAAACAAAUGCUCAGUCGAGGGGGGAUGUAGACCAGAGCAGGAGGGUCUAAUCGUACCUCUUUGGAAACCCCUAAAGGUGAAUUUGGUCGAAAAAAUAGCCCGUGGAAUUGUAUAUUUCCUAGUCCUUAGCUACCUCUUCCUCGGAGUCUCAAUCGUUGCAGACAGAUUCAUGUCGGCUAUUGAAAUGAUUACAUCACAGGAACGAGAAAUCACAAUCAGGCGCCCAAAUGGCGAAGAGACUGUAGUCACUGUCCGUAUAUGGAACGAAACAGUUUCAAAUUUAACCUUAAUGGCACUUGGUUCCUCGGCUCCUGAGAUCCUGCUGUCAAUCGUUGAGAUCCUAGCCAAGGACUUCAACGCAGGAGACUUGGGUCCGGGAACUAUAGUGGGAUCAGCGGCCUUCAAUUUAUUCUGCAUUAUUGCUAUCUGCGUUUACGUUAUACCUGAUGACGAGGUUCGAAAAAUAGAACAUUUGCGGGUAUUUGUUGUGACAGCCUCCUGGAGUAUUCUGGCAUACCUCUGGCUAUACUUCAUCAUCUCUGUCUCUUCAGUGGGAAGAGUAGACGUCUGGGAGUCCUUGCUGACCUUUGCGUUCUUCCCUAUUCUAGUAUUCUUGGCUUACAUCACAGACAGGAAGAUUUUCUUCAUGAAAUUUCUUGAGAAGAGAUACAUCGCCAAAUCAGCUUAUAAUAAAAAAGCAGAUCUGGAAAUGCAAUCGGAAAAAUCGCCGAAUUAUUCGAAUCACCACUUAGGGAGUCAUACAACUCUCGACGAUGACUUGGACCCGAACGCCGGCCAGAAGCGAGAAUUCAUGAAAAAACUGCACGAGUUAAGGACCAAGAACCCCGACAUGCCUGAAGAGAAACUGGAACAAUUGGCAGCCUACGAAGUGGUACAGAGCCAGCAUAAAAGCAGAGCCUACUACAGAAUAAUGGCAACCAGAAAGAUGACCGGGGCCGGCAAUGCUAUCAAACGAAACAUAGAGAAGAAGGUGCACGGAUUGGACUCCCACGUCGAGAUUGACCGGAGGGCUCGUGUGUUCUUCGACCCCUCAGAGUACACCGUGAUGGAGAAUGUGGGCUCAUUCGAAGUGGACAUUGUCAGGGUGGGUGAGGACCUGGACUACUACACCAUUGUGGAUUUCGAAACAGUCGACGGAACUGCAAUGAAGGGUGCAGACUUCCACUUCGCCCAGGGGUCACUGAGGUUCGCCCCGGGGGAGAAAGUGGCCACAGUCACUCUGCACAUAGUAGAUGAUGAUGAGUUCGAGGAGGACGAACACUUCAAACUCAAGAUAUUCAACAUCCGAAACACCAAAAACCCAACUCAGAAGGUGGAGUCCGACAGUUCCAUCGGGUGCAUCUUGGGGGAGGAGGGGGAUGGAGCGGCGGAGCUGGAGUGCCUGGUCACCAUUCUGGAUGAUGACCACUGUGGCGUGUUCGCAUUCGAGCACGAGGAUUUCACUGUCAGCGAGAACUGCGGCGAGGCAAAAAUCAAAGUCUGCAGGAGCUCAGGAGCAAGGGGUAAUGUGCACGUGCCUUACAUGACUAUCAGUGGCACCUCCAAGGGAGGGGGAGUGGACUACCUAGACUCAUUUGGAGACCUGGAGUUCAAGAAUGACGAGACUUUCAAAUACAUCAGUGUGAAGAUCAUAGACGACGAGGACUAUGAGAAGCAUGAACACUUCUUCCUCGAAAUUGGACACCCCAAAAAAGUGGCUGCAGUGGACAGCAGUGGCAGGGCCAUCUACGAUGAAGACUUCUCACUGGACGAGGAGAAAAUGAGCGACAACCAAGUGAUCGCACUGGCGGGCAGACCCAAGCUGGGCAUAGUGUCCAAGUGCCAGAUCAAUAUAGUCGAGAGCCAGGAGUUCAAAGGAGCAGUGGACCGACUGGUGAACAACACCAAUAUGGGGGGACUCCUGGGGACCCAUUCUUGGAAAGAGCAGUUCAAAGACGCACUCACUGUCUCGGCUGGGGACGAUGACGAUGAUGAUGGUGGCGAUGGCGGUGAAGGAGAGGAUGGUGAAGAAGGUGGUGGAAAACAACCCGGCUGCUUCGACUACGCCAUGCACUUCCUAACUGUGCCAUGGAAACUCCUGUUUGCCUUCAUUCCCCCCACCGAUUUGAUGGGUGGGUGGGCUUGUUUCGUAUUCAGCAUUGUGGGUAUCGGGCUACUCACUGCCCUGAUUGGAGAUUUAGCCAGCCAUUUUGGAUGCACUGUCGGUCUUAAAGAUACUGUGACGGCUAUAUCAUUCGUGGCACUCGGAACCAGUGUGCCCGACACUUUUGCCUCCAAAACUGCCGCUGUCGGAGAUCAAAAUGCCGACGCGUCAGUCGGCAAUGUCACAGGCUCUAACGCCGUCAACGUGUUCCUGGGAAUCGGCAUUGCGUGGAGUAUGGCCGCCAUAUACCAUGCGGUCAAGGGUACUCCGGGUGGUUUCGCAGUGGAUCCAGGCAACCUAGGGUUCUCAGUCACUACCUUCUGCAUCUUAGCCUUACUGUGUAUUGCCAUUCUGAUGUUCAGGAGAUACUACACGCCAAUCGGAGCUGAGUUGGGAGGACCUCGACUGGCCAAAACGAUCACUAGUGUUGUUCUGGUCGGACUCUGGGUCCUGUACGUCAUUCUUUGUGCUCUUGUGGCCUAUUGCGUAAUCGAGGGGUUCUAAUUUUAUUCAUAACUAAGAAUCAGGUUCAUCAGAGUCCACUCGAAGAAGAAGCAUUAAUUAAACAAUGAAACAAUUUUCAACAGACUGAGUUGAAAUUUGUUUAAGCUGCCAAUUUGACUUAUUUAAUAACAACUUCAUGCAUUUUCACAAUCGCUUUCUACACCACUUAAAUUUUAUUUAUGCUCUUUUAAUUAAAUUUUUCU